AUGAGGGCGGGGCAGACAAGGGGGCCGAGACCGGUAGGAGCUGCAUGGCUGCUCCCGCCGGAAGAAGAGGUGCCGGUACGGCCGAGCAUGAUGGAGGAGGGUUCGGCUUCAAUGGAUGACUCCCAAGGUGAUGUCCGAAUGGCUCGUUUACAACAUGAGUUGGACGAAGGAGUUGAGGCCUCGUCGAAGCGCCGUAGGGCGGUGGUGGAUGACGCUGCCAUGGAGAUCUCUGGGCCAAAUGGAAUGGUGGUAGAAGAGCGUAACAGGUGUACAGAGUCAUGGGAUUUAUUGCGAUCCCUAUCUGGUAAGUUAGACCUCCCGUGGAUUGUUGUGGGAGAUUUUAAUGACUUGCUGUACCAGCAUGAGAAAAGAGGAGGAAACCCACACCCGAAUGGCCUUCUACGCGGUUUCGGGGAGGCUAUUGAGGACUGUGGAUUAGCACAAAUGCCCAUGGAUGGUUAUCAGUUUACCUGGGAAAAGAGUAAAGGAAUGAUAAACUGGAUGGAGGAGAGACUGGAUAAGGUGCUCGUAACUGAAAGCUGGCUUAGUACUGUGUUGAGCGCCAGGGUAACGAAUUUGGCAACUCGGAAAUCUGAUCACUCUGCCCUCUUUCUGGGAAUCCAUGACUCCGUAGGGAGGGGUGGAACUAGUAAGAUGGGUUUCCGUUUUGAGAUGGCAUGGUUACAUGAUGAAUGGUGUAGAGGUGUGAUGGAGCAGGCAUGGGAGGAGGGAAGGACUAGGGGUCUACAGGACUGUAUUGAGUAUUGUGGUGUUCGGCUGUCACGAUGGGGUGGUGAUCAGUAUCAUAAACAUGGGGAACAGAUUGUGUCAUUACGAAAAGAGCAGCAUCGUUUAAAGGGGUGCACUGACCUGACCUCAUUAACUGAGUAUCAAUGGCUGGAGGGGUUCCUAACCCGUCUUGAGUCUCAAGAGGAUGUGUUCUGGAGACAGAGAGCCAAGCAACACUGGCUCAGGGGUGCAGAUGCCAAUACUAAAUUCUUUCACAGGUAUGGCUCUCACCGUAAAAAGAAGAAUACUUUAUCUAGACUUAUGAAUAAUAAUGGGGAUUGGGUGGAAGGGGAAGCCAUGAGGGGUAUUAUUAUGGAUUACUUUGAUCAUAUUUUCUGCUCUGAGCAUCCGGGGGAUGGUGUGAAUUUUUUAGAGGGGAUAGCUCCACGUGUAACUCAGGAACACAAUGAGGCGUUACUUCGUCCUUUUGAGUGUGAGGAAGUUAAAACUGCACUAUUUGCAAUGUUCCCGGAUAAGGCGCCGGGCCUGGAUGGAAUGAAUCCGGACUUCUAUCAACAAUUUUGGGAUGUGUAUCGAAAUUUCCCACCUGGACUAAAUAAUACAGAUGUGGUUUUAAUACCAAAGAAGAGUGUUCCUGAAUUAGUGUCUGAUCUUAGGCCCAUAGCCCUCAGUAAUGUGGUUUAUAGGAUCAUGGCGAAGGUAGUUAAUUAUCACAAGUCUAGUAUAUGCUACAGUAAGAAUACUAGUGAGUUUGACAGAGAUGAAGUGACACAAAACUUUGGAGUAGUUCAGGCUCCUAACUUUGGGGAAUACUUGGGACUCCCCUCGUUUGUUGGAAGGAAUAAGAAAGCGGUUUUCUCAUAUAUUGAGGACAAAAUCAAGUACAGGAUUGGAUCAUGGAAUAAGAAAAUGUUAUCACAAGCUGGCAAGGAAAUCUUGUUGAAAAGUUGGAUACAGAAUGACCAGGAACCUAUGGUACAGAUAGAGAUGCCUAUGCAAUUGGCAGGGGCGAAAGUUGAGGGCUUAAUUGACCAGGAUACUGAUGUGAAAAAUAUUAAAAAGAUACCUAUUUCCCCAGAAAAUGAUGAUUCCUGGUAUUGGCAUGGAGACCUCAAAGGAAUUUACUCAGUUAAGAGUGGGUAUAGGCGCAUUAUUGGAGAUUAUGAGCACAAUGAUGGGGCAUUUAGUAAAUGGCUCACCCUGUGGAGCCUCAAAAUCUCACCCAAAUGGUAA